AUGGACUUCGACAUCCAAGAGGAACUCGCGUCGCUUUCCGAAGACGUCUCCGCCUACUCCAUCCCCAAUGAGGUCGACAUCUCCGAAGACUCCUCCACUAUCGCAGAUGUCCUCCACACCGCUGUCGACGCCCUCGCCGACUCUCCAGACAACAUCGCCGACCCACGCAUCUUCGACGCCUACCGCUCCCUCCUCAAGCAUGCAUCUCAUCUCCAGGGAAUUCAUAUGACCAAGAUCCUCGACUCCAUCUCCUCCGCCUACGCUGCCCAGAUCGAGGCCGCACACCGCAACGUUGACCAAGACGACUCCGACAUGCUCGCCCAUCACAGGAAGUGCCUCGAGAUGUUCGCCUUCCUCUUGCAGUGGUUUGUUCUAGCCACCGAGAAGGUCAAGUCUUCAGGCGAGGACGACGCCCCAGCUCCGGCUCCCAAACCGAGGCGUGGUCGCGGCGGCAAAGCUACGGCGGCGAGAAGUACGCGCACGAAAACGAACGAGGAGUGGUCAUGGAUGGACCAGAUACCCGCGAUGCUCACCCUCAUCCAGCGCCUCCUCCGCUUGAAGACACAACGGAUCUGGCAGACAACCGCGGAGCGAGAGAACUUUAUAAGCUGCGUCGUCCGCCCAAUAUACCACGUCCUCGAAUCCGAGCAAUACAUGAAGUCCAAACCAAUCAACGACGGCGUCGUCCGCGCCAUCUGCCUCGCCGUCAAGCACCAGGGCCACGGGCUUGCCGCUCAAGUCGGACUCAUGCAGUCCCUGCAGUACUAUGAACAUCUCCCCGACAUCAUUGCCGAGUGUCUCAACGCACUUGCCCAGCACUUCGACCACUACCAGCUCGGCGACGAGUUCCUCCGCGAGGUCUCCGGCAAGAGCUUCAGCGCACAGGACAACAAGGGCCCCCGCGUCUUCUCCCGUUUCCUCAUCCGCUUUGCCGAGAUCGCCCCGCGCCAGGUCCUCAAGCAGCUCAGUCUGCUCAUCAAGCAGCUCGACUCCGAGUCCUACCCGAUGCGCAUGGCUCUCGUCGAGGUCAUCGGGCACAUCAUCCGCGAGCUCGCUGCGGAGAUGGAAGGCGAGGACGCGGAGCGCAAGGCGCAAAUGCUCAAGCAGCUCACCGGCCUGUACGAGCUCCUGCUCGAGCGCGUCCUCGACUUGUCUUCGUACGUGCGCGUCAAGGUCUUCGCCGUCCUUGCCCGCCUCUGUGACUGCGCGGCCAAGUUCCCGCAGCAGCGGCUGCUCAUGACCAAGGCUGCCGUCGAGGCGCUCGAGGACAAGACGAGCAGCGUGCGCAAGAGCGCGAUGAGCCUGCUCAUCCGGCUCAUCCUCACGCACCCAUAUGGGAUCUAUGGGGGCUUUUUGAGCGAGAACGAGUGGCAGGCGCAGUACCAGGAGGCAACGGAUAUGCUUGCCAAGAUGGAGGGUGAGUUCGGGAAGGCGGUUGAGCGGGAAGAGGGAGAAGGGAGCGAGGACGACGACGAAGACGAAGAAGAGGACGACGACGACGACGCGGAGGACGCGGAAGAAGCUACCGGCUCAAAGAAACGUCGCAAGUCGAAACGCAAGUCUGACGACGACAUGGACGUGGAUGGCGAGGAAGGCGGCGACGACGACGACGACGACGACGACGACGACGUGCCCAUGGCCGAUGCUUCCGACGACGACGCCCCUCGACCAAAGAAACGCGGCAAGAAGAAGAAACCACGCAAGUCCCAGCUCAAUAUGGAGGCCCUCACGAACGAGGCCGCGGCGCUCGGACAAAUUAAUCAAGACCAGCAUCUCGAGCAGAAGCUGAAGAAGAAGUUCUGUCUCGAUGCGCUCCAGUUCAUCCGCGAACUUGGCGAGGCCAUAAAGGCCGUGCAACGGCUCUUGGCGUCGACAAACAAGUUAGAGGUGCUGGAAGCCAUGGAGUUCUCGCGUGUGGCGUACGAGUACAAGAUCGAAGCGGCGGACGCAGGACUCAAGCGGAUGCUGCAUCUGAUCUGGCACAAGGACAACAACUCGACGGCAGAGGACGGGAAGGAGGUCAAAGGGAUCAAACUGCGGCUACUCGAGUGCUAUCGCAGCAUGUUCUUCGAGCCAGUACUCAACCUGGAACCGAAACAGCAGGUCAACCGCAUCGCGAAGAACAUGAUCGAGUACGUUUCUGUUGCACAUCCACUUUUGCCGAUCGCUGAGUCGGCGCGGUGUGCUAGGUUGACUUAUCAUGCUACGCUCGCCGAGCUCACAAGUCUCGAAGAGAUGAUGCGCCAACUGAUGGAGGAGGACCGCAUACACGGUGACGUCGUGGCGAAGCUCUGGCAAGUGUACAGUUCAUCGAAGGGACUUCCCACGCGACAACGGCGUGGUGCGGUCAUCGUGCUCAGCAUGCUCGCACUCGCCAAGCGAGAAGUCGUCGCCAACCACGUAGAGAUUCUCAUGAACGUCGGCUUGGGCGAUAAGGGGAAGAACGACUUGACUCUAGCUCGAUACACAUGUGUCGCUCUACAGCGCCUAAACGGCAGCGCGAAGAAGGUGAAAGGCUCCCUUCUCGAUAAGACUCUGCGGUACCCCAUGGAGAACCCUCUGUUCUCCAAGCUGCAGGUGGCCAUGGAGCGCCCCUGCCGCUCGAAGGAGUGGUUCCCGAUGGCAGAGCAGGCGAUCAACACCGUCUAUAACCUCGCCGAGAGGCCGGACCUCUUCUGCACCAAGCUCAUCAAGAAUUUCACUCGCCGCGUGUUCUCGAAGAAGGGCGGCGGACUGGCCCCGUCGCAAUCGCAGAACGGGAACCCUGACGCGAUGGACGAAGACGAGGGCGGAGAUCCCGACAAGGCCUCGCAGUCAGAGGGCGGGGAUACGGCGGACACGUUCGAGCUCAGCCAGCUCUUGUUCAUCGUCGGUCAUGUCGCGAUCAAGCAGAUCGUCUUCCUCGAGCUUGUCGAACGCGAAUGGAAGCGACAGAAGCAUGAGCGCGAGCUAGCCGAGAAAAUCGGAGGUGCAGCGGAGAAGUCGAAGGAGCAGGAGGAGCUCGACCAGGUCGCUGGAAACGCAGAGGACGAGAUCGGCGAGCGCGUCGCAGGCAUGCGCGAGCACGAGCUUCUCCACGGGCCGAAAUCGCUGCUGGCGAAGUUCGGGCCAAUGCUCAACCAGCUCAUCCGUGCGACGGCGACGCUCUCUCUCAGCAAGUUCCUCUGCGUCAGCUCUCAAUUUUGCGAGGAGCAUCACCGGCUGCUCUUUCGCGUGCUCGAGAAAUCGCGCGACCCCGGGAUCAGGAGCAACAUCGUCAUCGCGCUCGGCGACGUCGCCGUCGCGUUCAGCAGCAUAAUCGACGAAAGCAACGACGAGCUCUACAAGGGCCUCCGCGACGGGGACAUAGUCGUCAAGAAGAACACACUCAUGGUGCUCACGCACCUGAUCCUGAACGGGAUGGUCAAGGUCAAGGGCCAGAUGGGUGAGAUGGCCAAGUGCGUCGGGGACGAGGACGAGCGGAUAUCGGACCUCGCAAAGCUCUUCUUCCAGGAGCUGUCGUCGAAGGACAACGCGAUCUACAACAACCUCCCGGACGGCGAGCGCUCGAUCGACGAAGAGGCAUUCCAGAGCACUAUGAAGUACAUCUUCACCUUCGUCCAGAAGGAGAAGCAAGCCGAGAAUAUCGUCGACAAGCUUUGCCAGCGCUUCCGGACCGCAGAGGAGCCCCGGCAUUGGCGCGACAUUGCAUACUGCCUCUCCUUGCUCCAGUAUAAGUCCGAGCGGUCCGUCAAGAAGCUCACCGAGAACCUCCAAUUCUACCGAGACAAGGUCCACGAGGAGACCGUUUACCAGCUCUUCCAAGAGAUCAUCGCCAAGGCACGGCAGAACAAAUCCGCGAACAAGCCCGACACGGAGCUCAACGAGUUCGAGACGGCGCUGCUCGAGUGCCGGCGACAGGGCGCAGAAGAUCAUGACUUCGAAAAGGGCGUCGCGAAGCGAAAGCGGACCGCCAAGAAGCGGCAGCAACGAGCAACUCAACGGACGCGGAAAGCGCCCGCAAAACACGUCGAGGACGACGAAGACGACGAGUGA